CCCCUCAGAUGCGGACACACUCCCAUCUCGCUCCUUCCCCUCGUAAUAAUCAAUGUCAGAGAAGCCCGAGUCUCACGCAGAUUCCCAUCAGCGAUACUGCGACCUCUUGAGCUCUGGAGAAGGACGACAGCGAGGAGGGAUGAGUCCUGUUCCAGUGGAGUGAGAUCUGACCCUGUGAGACAUGGACAUUAGCAGACUCACACAGAGACUUGCUGAGGCUGGGCAGUCCCACCUCCUGCAGUUCUGGGACCAGCUCAGCCCUGAAGAACAAGCUGACCUGGUCUCUGAUCUGGAGAACAUGGACUUUAAAGAGAUCAACUGCUUUUUUACGAAUGCUAUGAAGACUUCUACCCAGACCAAGCAGGACAAUGUGGACACCAGAAUGGAGCCAGUGCCGCGGGAGAUCCUGGGCAGUGUGACCCGAGAUCGAGAGUCUCUGAAAGACUGGGAGGAGGAAGGCCUGCACUGUAUCUCUCAGAACAAAGUAGCAGUUCUACUGCUGGCUGGAGGUCAGGGAACACGACUAGGGGUUCCAUACCCCAAAGGCAUGUACGACGUAGGCCUGCCAUCCCACAAAACCCUCUUUCAGAUCCAGGCCGAGCGCAUCCUGAAACUGGAGCAACUAGCAGAGAACAAUCACAAGACGAAGUGCUGCAUUCCAUGGUACAUUAUGACGAGUGGCAGAACAAUGGACUCCACUAAAGAGUUCUUCUCCAAACACAAGUAUUUCGGCCUUAAAGAAGAGAACGUCAUAUUCUUUCAGCAAGGCAUGCUUCCAGCCAUGGACUUCAAUGGAAAAAUUAUACUUGAGGACAAAGGGAAACUGGCCAUGGCACCAGAUGGCAAUGGAGGUCUUUACAGAUCACUGGCAGCAAAUAAGAUUGUGGAAGACAUGGAGAGGAGAGGCAUCUCCUACAUUUAUGUCUACUGCGUGGACAAUAUCCUGGUGAAAGUGGCAGACCCAGCCUUUAUUGGUUUUUGUGUGCGUAAGGGAGCAGACUGUGGUGCGAAGGUUGUGGAGAAAACCAAUCCGACUGAGGCAGUGGGUGUGGUCUGUAAAGUGGAUGGGCGUUACCAAGUGGUUGAGUACAGUGAAAUCACAUUGUCCACAGCAGAAAAGCGGAGCAGCGACGGCCGGUUAUUGUUCAGUGCCAGCAAUGUAGCUAAUCAUUUCUUCAGCCUUCCCUUCCUGAAAGAUGUCGUCAAUAUGCAUGAGCCGCAGUUGCAGCACCAUGUGGCCCAGAAGAAAAUCCCCUUUGUGGACACUCGAGGACAGCUAAUUUCACCUGACAAACCCAACGGAAUUAAGAUGGAAAAAUUUGUUUUCGACAUUUUCCAAUUUGCCAAGAUGUUUGUGGUGUACGAGGUGCUGAGGGAGGAUGAGUUUUCUCCUCUGAAGAAUGCAGACAGUCAGGAGGGGAAGGAUAACCCCACCACCGCUCGACAAGCACUCAUGUCCCUGCACCACCGCUGGAUCCUCAACGCAGGCGGACAUUUUAUUGACGAAAAUGGAACGCGCCUGCCUGCUAUUCCCAGACACGGACCAGCAGGGACACACACACCUGAUGGCAGCCAGAAUCUGAAGGACGGCACUGACCUGCCAAUCAAAUGUGAGAUCUCUCCACUUGUGUCCUAUGGAGGAGAGGGACUGGAGGAUCUUGUGAAAGGCAGAGAAUUCCACCCUGCACUGAUCAUCGAUGAAAGCGAUGUCCAUGAGCAAGUGAGAAACGGACUGUAAACUGCAAGCUGGCUGCUGUGCUGUUUGGAAGCAAUUUUCAUCUCCUUCGACUUUCUUCCUGCCAGGCUGAAAGGACUGUGACAUUCUAGUGCAAUAAUAUGAAGGAAGUUAUUUAUUUUGCUAAAACAUAUUUUUAUAUCAAUUCCUUCCGUUUCUUAGAAUGGGGAUAUGUGUUGUAGCUGUUAAUUUAUAUGUGUACACACCUUUGGAAUAAAUGAAUGAAUGUGAUGCAAUGAAAAGUAUGGUACAUGGGUUAAAAAAAAAAAAAGCUUUCGGUACAGACCGUGUGGUUCUCUGAAUUGGUGCAGCUCAUCAUCAGGGCUUUACCACAUCUGAAAUUAUGUUCCAAGACACUGAUUAAGUUUAGGGGUAAAUGCUUUGUGCCUCUUUGUUUUCUGUUUUUAUACGCUGAUUCUUUACUUUGUUUAAAUGUUCUUCAUAGGAAGGACACACUUGUUCUGACAAGUAUGCAAAGUUGUUGUUUUUUUCUGUUUUUUUUUUUGUUUUUUACAAAUAAAUGAUUGUUGGCUUUGUUUCUGUUAUCAAAUAACAGAAUCGUACAAAGUAGAAAAUGGUUAAAUAGAAUUUCUAGCAUGAGAACUACUGUAAACUCCUCCUGUCUGAUCAAUCUUUUCACAAAUAAAUAAGUAAAUA